AUGACGUCUCACGUGAAGUUUGACCUGGUGCAGCAGGGGGUGGUCCCGGAGAGUCACCCGGAGUGCACCGCGUGGAUGCUGCGGCGACUGCAGGAGGAGCUCCAGUGCGGCGAGGGCGACGUCACGAGCAAGCAGCUCCGCCUCAUCAGUGAGUUUCUCGUCGGGGAUGAGGAGCUCCACACGAUAUUUUGCUUCUACCACGCGGUUGUGGCGGAGCCCCCCGCGGAGGGCGACGAGGAGGCCCCCACGCUGAAGUUUGAGGGCGAGACGCUGGUGCAGGAGUUGUGCGUCGUCGACGGGGUCCAGGGACUCUCGGAGCGUGCCACGAUGGACGGCAUGUGCACCGAUGUGCUUUACUUUGUGCGGCUUGAUCCCGACCGCCUGAUUGUGCCGGAGAACAUUGACAACGCCGUUGCGUGGGGCACGUGUCGGGGUGGAAACCUGCUAGAGUCGUUGCUGCGCACACUGCAGUUUGUGCUCACGCCCACGCUGCUGCAUAACCGGUGGCCCGACAGCAUCGAGAAGGACGUGCACGCCGCGCUGCACCGCUUCAUGGCGGCCAUGACGGAGAACGUCAACCGACUGCGCGGGCGCACCGUGCUGUACGUCCCAAGUGACCUUGCCACAGGGAUAGGCAUCGAGGAGGCCCACCUCGACCGCGAAAUUGUUCAGCGCUUUGAGGCUGCGGCGAUUCAUUGGACGCGGCAGAUCAAGGAGGUCGUCGGCGACAAGGACGUCGGCCUCAGCGGCGACGCCGGAGGGCCAUUGGAGGAGAUCGCCUAUUGGCGCUCCCGCGCCCGUGACCUGGGAAACAUCCGUGCCCAGCUGAAUCGCCCAGAUGUCUCUAGUAUCGUGCAGGUCUUGCGGGAGGCAAAGUCCUUCUACUACCUGGAGCCCUUCUUGAAUCUGCGGGCGGACAUUGAAAAGGGCACCGAGGAGGCGUUUGACAACCUGCGCUUUUUGAACACGCUGCUGGAGCCAUGCACGAAGCUGUCAAAGGCCUCUCCAAAGGAGAUUCCAGCGCUGAUUCCCGACGUACUCAUUCAUGCGCAGCUUAUUCUGAUUUACUCCAAAAGCUACAAGAAGGAACGCUUUUUCCGGCUACUCCGCAUGAUCUCCAAUGAGAUUAUCUACCGCUGCAGUCAGAAGAUUGAUGUGCCGGCCAUUCUCGACGGGGACGUCGCCGACAGCAUGGUGGCACUGCAGGACAGCGUCACGGCGGGGGAGGCGUGGAUUCGGGAGUGCCAUAAAAUGCUCACGGCCACGCGGAAGAGGUUCCGCAUGGAGAAGGGUGAGAAACUUGACAUGGAUGAGUCGUUUUUAAACGAAAUCGAUGGGUUCGUGCGGCACCGUUGCCAGAACUUGCAUGAGAUUUGCAAGGCGCAACUGCAGUUUGGGUUUAAGGGCGUUCGCAGCGAUCAGCGGCGGAGCAGCGAGCGCGCCGGUGCGGGCCGCCACGGCCGCAGCUCACGCGGCGGCUCCGUGACGGAUCGCCGCGCCUGCGGCGGCGACGCCCACUACGGCGUCCCCAUUGAGGUGCGGGAGCUGGACCAUCGGAGCGGCACCCUGGCGGAGCUCUUCUCCGGCCGGCUGCCCAUCUUCAGCGGCAACCGGGGACCCGAGAUUGAGUCGCAGCUUGUGGACAUCCAGCGGGCCUUCAAGGCGAAGAUGGAGACGCUGCGUCACCUUGACUACGACAUCCUCGACGUCAAGUCCACCCGCUGGGUCGACGACUUCCGUGCACUGAAGGUGGACAUUGACAACCUCUCCAUGAUGCUGCAACAGAUCAUCGCGGUGGCGUUUGACAGCUUCAGCACCACAGAGAUGGGGGCGGAGUACAUCGAGGCCUUCUACAUGGUGGCGCGGGGCGAGGAGCUGCUGCUGCAGCUGGACCGCAGCAAGGACCGCGUCUUUCGCAUGGUCGGCGCGGGGGUCUCACUGGUGCAGGGGAAGCUCCAACGGUACUUCAACAAGCCGCCGCCCAUUUUCUACCUCCACCCCCCACUCGCGGGGCACGCCAUGUGGUCGGAGAACCUCGCCUGCUUCCUGGAGAGUAGCCUGAGAGAGCUGAGCCGUUGCUACUACCUGCGCGAGUCGCCGGAGUCGGCGGAGGUCAUGCUUCUCUUUGACCGCCUGGAUCGCUCGCUGCGCGAGAAGGUGCGCCAGAACUACCUGGAAUGGAAGACCAACUUGGUGGCAAAUCCCAGCGAGUACCUGGAUCGCUUUCUCAUCACAAAGCGUGCAGUGCCUGCCAAGAACACGCCUGCGCUCUACGAUGUAAACUUUUCGCCGGAGCUGCUUCUCCUUUUCGCGGAGGCGCGCUACUGGCAGAGCCUGGGUGAGAUUGUCCCGGCACACAUCUUUGAUAUUGUCUCUAAGGAGGAACGCCUGCACGUGUUCCGCGAGCACGUCGCGUUGGCGGUGCGGGCGCACAACAAUGUGGUGUUUUCACUGACAAGGGAGGAGUGUCGUCUGUUUGCGCUGCGACUGGCUUUCCUGGAGAGCAAGUACAUGCCCGGCAUGACGCGCCUGUGCUGGAACUCGCAGGGUAUUGUGGAGUACUUUGUGCGGGAGUGCCACCAGCAGGCGGAGCGGGUGCAGCACAUCGUGGAUGAGUUCAAGUACGGCAUUGAGUACGUCGACCACCACUGCAAGGCGAUCUCCGACACCGUCGCCGUCAUCUUUGAGAAGAAGCGCGUGUACACCAUUGAGGCCUUUGUGGAGAAGCAGCAAAAGCACCGCGAGGCGGUCCUUGAGAAGCUGCAGACGAUACAUCAGCGGCUGGUGCACAAGCUGUACGAGUUGCUCGGGUACUUCCGCGACGACUACAUGGAGGAUGUGGCUGUGCAGACGGAGUGGCACCGGCACAUCGCCAAGGUGGAGCUCAAGGUGGAGGAGGCGCUGCGGACGAUGGUGAAGCGAACCCUGCAGGCGGUGGAGCGGGCGCUGCCGCAGGAGCCCUCCGACGACCGCAUGGAGGAAAAGGUGUUUAAGCUCGACGUUGUGAUCAGCGUGACAAACGACACCAAGCCGCAAAUUGAGUCGGUCCCCUCCGUCAAGGUGUUGAGCCACCAGGUGAAUGAGGUGUGCAAGGAGAUCAUCGGUAUCGUGAAGCAUAUUCCGCGCCUGGAGGAGAGCCUCCGCGCCUGCAUCGCCGAGGAGAGCGCGGGCGAGAACGAGACCCUCAAGCGGACGGCGCUCGAGUACGUGAAUCCGGGCGAGGAUAGCGUGGCCCUGCGCGGCACCUACUUUGAGUACAUGACGAGCGAGCAGGACGCCAUUUACUCCCUCUGCCGCAUCCGUGAGUCCUUUGAGGCAGUCGAGGAAAAGGUUCGCGACAAGCUGAGCCAGACCUGGCAGCUGCACCAGUCCGGCACCACGGACAGCCUGUGGACGACACAAAAGCAGGAUCGCCGUAUCAAGCAGGGCUGGAAGCUUGAGGAUUACCGGAUUCACAUGGACCACGUGGCCCAGCGGCGCGAGGGCAUCAACAAACAGGAGACCUUCUCAGAUGUCCUCUUCCUACAGCUGGACUUCACCAAGAUGAAGGAGAGCUUCCGGGUACAGUGCCAGCUGGUGAUCAAGCACUACCACAGCCUGCUCUACGCGGACGCCAAGGAGGAGGUGGACCGCAUCUACAACCACUUCAGCACGACCGUGAAGGCCCUGACGAAGGAGCCGCAAACGCUAGACGAGCUUGGGGACCAGAUCAAGAAGUGCACCUCCGCCGUGGAUUCGCUCCCAGAGAUUUCCGCUAAGUUUGGCCCCAUCAACGACACCUUUGUGCUCAUCACGAACGACCUUUACAACCACGGCAACGUGAACCGCGAGGACGUGCGCCGCUGCGAGGAGUUGCCGGCGGCCUUUGAGGAGUACUCGGAGCAGCUUGUCAAGGCCCGCCAGCUGCUGGCUAAGUAUAAGGAGCAGUUCCGCAACGAUCUGGAGACGGACCUGCGCGCGCUGGUGUCAAACUCUUACGCACUGCGGCAGAAGGUGCGGGAUGAGGGGCCGAGGUCGUACGCCUUCUCGACGGCAAACGCCUUUGCGCAGCUGGGCACCCUUGACCGCCGCGCCAGUGAGCUGCGGGAGACAGAGAAGGCGCUGCAGCAGGGGAUUGACAUCUUUCACCUGGAAAAACCCGUGCUGGAUGAGCUGGCGGCCGCCGAGGCGGAUCUGAAGGUGCUCCGCACGAUUUGGGAGUUGUGUGAGGAGUGGCGCACCGAGAGCCGCAAGUGGCGAACCAUGUAUUUUAUGAACCUCAAGAGCGACACCAUGCUGGACGUCUCCGAGCGCAUCCGGAGGGAGCUGCUGCGGCUGCGGAUGGAGCUGCAGAUGACCGAUGUCUGGGUGAAGCUGAAGGAGGAGGUGGAGCUGAUGAAGCGGUUGCUGCCGAUCGUGGACGACCUCCGAACCCCGGCGAUUCGGCCCCGCCACUGGGAGUUUCUAAAGCUUCAGCUCGACGCCAAGUUUGACAUCUCCGACGAGAAGUUCUGCCUGAAUGACUUGAUGGAGGCGCGCGUGGAGGCGCAGGCGGAGUUCGUCGUGAACCUCGCCACCUCCGCCCGGGAGGAGAUGAAGAUUGAGAUGGAUCUGGAGAAGAUCCGCACCUUCUGGGAGGAGGCGGCCUUUACGAUCGAGCCCUACCAGGACUACAACAAGAUCGCCGGCGUGGACGACAUCAACAACGUCCUCGGCGAGCACCUGGCGAUGCUGAGCUCGAUGAAGAUGUCACGGUUCGUGGACAGCUUCCGGCCCAAGGUGGUGCAGUGGGAGCAGAUACUCUCCAUCGCGACCGACACGAUUGAGGCGCUCCUGCUGGUGCAGACCAAGUGGAUGUACCUGGAGAACAUCUUCAUCGGCAGCGAGGACAUCAAGCGCAAGCUCGCCGCGGAGUCGAAGAAGUUUGAGGGGGUGCACUCGCAGUGGGUCUCCAUCAUCAUGCGGCUCAUCAACGACCCGAACGUGGUGCGCGGCACCCGGCGGGACGGGCUGAUGGAUCAGCUGAACAGCAUGAACAACGACCUCGAGCUGAUACAAAAGGGGCUCGAGGGCUUUCUCGAGGAUCGCCGGCGCGUCUUUCCCCGCUUCUACUUCCUCUCCAACGAUGACCUGCUGGAGAUUCUCGGCCACGCGAAGGAGCCCGCCAAGGUGCAGCCCCACCUGCGCAAGUGCUUCGAGGGGUUGUACCGCCUCUCCCUCAAGACGGUGCGGAACCGCGUCGUCGCUGAGGGGAUGUCCUCCUCCGACGGGGAGUCGGUGGCGUUUGUCCCCCCCGUCCAGGUCGAGGGGUUGUCGGUGGAGACGUGGCUGCGACGCGUGGAGCUCAAAAUGCGGGAGAUGGUGCAGAAGCGCAUCAACGCCACCCUGGAUGAUCUGCGGACUGUCUUUGACCCAAAGCGGCCCGUUUCUCGCGACAAUUUAAAGGCGUGGGUCGAGCGCAACGAGGGCCAGUCGCUCAUCACGGCGGCCUGCAUCAACUGGACCUUACUGACGGAGCUCGCCAUCAUGGAGUACGGGGAGCUACACAGCAACGGCCUCAGCCUGCAGCGUCGAAAGGCCUCCCCACUCUACAAGGUCUACAAGCGAUGGAAAGGGUUGAUCAAAAAGUACUGCCAACUCGUUCGUCAGCCACAGAGUCGCAUGCAGCGGAAUAAGCUGGUCGCACUCAUCACAAUUGAGGUGCACUCACGUGAUAUUCUGCGACAGGUGCUGGCGUCGCGGGUGCAUCAGGAGGACGACUUUGAGUGGUCGCGGCAGCUGCGUUUCUACAAGGAGGAUGAUGACACGGCGGAGCGGCCCCAGGACGCACCGAAGGUUUGCAUCGUGCGACAGACCUCUGCUGUGGUGCGGUACGACUACGAGUAUCUCGGAAACAGCGGGCGCCUUGUCGUUACAGGACUGACAGACCGUGCAUACAUGACCCUGACGACGGCGCUGCAGCUGCAUCGCGGUGGCCUUCCGCAAGGUCCUGCAGGGACGGGCAAGACGGAGACGGUGAAAGACCUUGGGAAAGGCCUUGGCAAGUACGUCAUGGUGUUUAACUGUUCGGACGGCCUCGACUACAAGUCGGUGGGGCGCAUGUUGAGCGGCAUUGCCCAAACAGGCUCCUGGUCCUGCUUUGACGAGUUCAACCGUAUUGAGGUGGAGGUGCUCUCUGUGGUGGCCCAGCAGGUGCUGUCUAUCCUCAGCGCCGUGGCGGAGCGGAAGAGCCGCUUCAUGUUCGAGGGAUCAGACAUCUCACUCAACAUGAACUGUGGGCUCUUUGUCACGAUGAACCCCGGCUACGCGGGCCGGUCCGAGUUGCCCGACAACCUCAAGGCGCUGCUGCGUCCGAUUUCCAUGAUGGUGCCGGACUUUGCACUCAUUUGCGAAAUCACGUUGCUCUCCGAGGGGUUUGAGGAGUCGGAGGUGCUCUCGAAGAAGGUCUCCAUCCUGUACGAGCUGAUGGAGAAGCAGCUGUCGAAGCAGGACCACUACGACUUCUCGCUCCGCAACAUCAAGGCGGUGCUGGUGCAGGCAGGCAACUUGAAGCGGGAGGGCUUCCCCGGGACGGAGUCGCAGCUCUGCCUGAAGGCCAUGCGUGACAUGAACUUGCCCAAGUUCGUCAAGGAGGACGUCUCGCUGUUUCUCAGCAUGCUGAGCGACCUCUUCCCCGGGGUGCGGCCGGAGGACAGCGGCCUGGACGACCUCCGCGCCGCCGCCGAGAAGCAGCUGCAAAACGAAGGCCUUGAGGCGAAUGCGCACAUCGUGACCAAAACCCUGCAGCUCUGGGACACCCUCCGCACCCGCCACGGGGUGAUGGUGGUGGGACAGACCGGCUCCGGGAAGACGGUGACGUGGCGCAACCUGAGCGGGGCCCUGCGGCUGCUGAAGGAGCGCAACCUGGAGCCCGGCCUGUACGAGCCGGUGCGCGUCUCCCUGCUGAACCCCAAGUCGGUGACGAUGGAUGAGCUCUACGGCAGCUACAACCAGGCCACGCGGGAGUGGAAGGACGGCAUUCUCUCCGAAAUCAUGCGAAACAUCUGCCGCGAUGUGACGGACCCAACGUACAAGUGGUUGAUGUUUGACGGCCCCGUCGACACCCUCUGGAUUGAGUCGAUGAACACGGUGCUCGACGACAACAAGAUGCUCACCUUGAACUCCGGCGAGCGCAUCACCCUCAACCCGACCAUACGCAUGCUGUUUGAGGUGCAGGACCUCUCCCAGGCCUCCCCCGCCACCGUCUCGCGUUGCGGCAUGGUCUACUUCAACGUGGAGGAUCUUGGCUGGCAACCGUUUGUGAAGACGUGGCUGAAGUCGCGGUGGAAGUUCGAAAUCGCCAUGGGCGCCCCGCGGCCGGACGAGACCAUUCAGGAGCUGGAGGAGUACAUCAAGACAACCGUGACCCGCGUGCUGGAGUACCGCCAGGUGGAGUGCGAGGAGCUCUUCCCCACCUCCACGCUAAACGUCAUUCGCUCUUUCACCCGCAUGUUUGACGCCCUCGCAAACGUGGACGCCGCCCCGUGCGUUCCCGGCGGCGCCAAGUACGCCACCUCCCACGCCGGGGAGACGUACCUGCCGCAGCUGCGCAUCAUGGCAACCUUCUGUCUCCUCUGGUCCGCCGGUGGCGCGCUGACGGUGGAGUCGCGCCAGAAGUUGGACGCGUUUAUCCGUGAGUUGGACUCCUCCUUCCCCUCCACAGAGACGAUCUUUGAGUACUUCCCCGACCUCCGCGUGGUUCAGUGGAAGAACUGGAGCGAUCACACGGAUCUGCAGAAGCCGUAUGUGCCCCCGCCAGAGACCCCCUACCACCGGCAGAUUGUCCCAACGGUGGACACGGUGCGGUACCAGUACAUUGUUGGGGAGCUGGUGCGCAGUCAGGUGCAGUUGGUGCUGGUCGGCACCACAGGCACAGGGAAGUCCCUCAUUGCGCGUCAGGUGCUGCGCAGCCUUAGCACCGACACCCACGUCUCCACGCAGCUGAACUUCUCUGCCCAGACCACGGCAAAGAAUGUGCAGGAGAUCAUUGAGGGGCGUAUGGAGCACAAGUCCAAGAAGGUCUGCUGCCCACCAGGCGGCCGUCGCAUGAUUUGCCUCAUCGAGGACCUCAACAUGCCGGCGAAGGAGAAGUUCGGCGCCCAGCCCCCGUUGGAGUUGCUGCGGCAGUGGAUCGACAACGGGUAUUGGUACGACUGCAACACACGCUCGCGGCGGAAGGUGAAUGACAUGCAGCUUCUCUGCUGCAUGACGUACGGCCGGCCAGACAUCACCCCUCGUUUGAUGACGAAGCUUAACGUGUUUAACAUCACCUUCCCGUCGGAGUCGGUGAUCACGAAAAUCUUUACAGAAAUCCUUUCGAAUCGCCUGGAGAAGUACCCGGAGCUCCACAAGCUUGUCGACGCCCUCGUGAAGGCCACGCUGCAGACGUACCAGCGCGUCUCCAGUGACCUCCUGCCCAUUCCAAGCAAGUCGCACUAUCUGUUUAACCUUCGCGACCUCAGCAAGGUGUUCCAGGGCAUCUACGGCUGCUACAUGGAGGGACUGCAGUGCAAGGAGCACAUGGUCGCACUUUGGGUGCACGAGUGCUUCCGCGUCUUCUCUGACCGCAUGAACGACCCCAACGACAAGCAGUGGUUCCGCAAUCUCAUACACGAGAAACUGGCCAACAUCUUCCAGAUGAAGUGGAGCGGCAUCAUGCGGGCCCGCUCGCGUGAGGCACGCACGCAGCCGUUGAACGAGAACGAAAGUCCAAUUUUUGUCGACUUCUGGGACGGGGAGUAUGACGAGAUGGCGAAGUACAGGCUGGUGCCGUCGCUGGAAGCCCUCCGUGGGAAGGUGGAGGAGUGCCUGGAGCUCUACAACGGCGAGCCCGGCACACAGCAGAUGAACCUCGUCUUCUUCACCGACGCCCUGGAGCAUCUCUGCCGCAUUCACCGCAUCAUUCGCUUGCCGCGCGGCAACGCCCUUCUCGUGGGGCUCGGCGGCAGCGGUCGCUACUCCCUCACCCGCCUUGCCACGUACCUCGCCGGCUACACCAUCUUCUCCGUGGAGAUCCACAAGAAGUACGACUCGGACCGCUUCCACGAGGACCUGCGCUCCCUCUACAAGGCGUGUGGGCUGAAGCUGCAGCAGAAGGUCUUUUACUUCUCCGACAACCAGAUCAUGCAGCCGUCGUUCCUGGAGGACCUGAACAACAUGCUCUCCACCGGCGAGGUGCCCAACCUCUUUCAGAAGGAUGAGUUGAACAACAUCCGCGACGCCAUUUUUAAGGAGGCGAUGUUGAACGGCUGCCGCGACAGCAUCGAUGAAAUCUACAACUUCUUCAUUGACCGCGCCAGGCUGAAUCUGCACCUGGUGGUUGCGAUGUCGCCGGCGCAUAAGCUUUUCCGCACCCGGCUUCGCCAGUUCCCAGCCCUCGUCUCCUGUACGUCGAUCGACUGGUUUGUGAAGUGGCCGAACGAGGCGCUGCGGGAGGUGGGUCUGCGCUACCUGCAGGAGACGCGCGAGAACACGGAGGAGGAUGCCGUGCUGGAGGAAAUCGCGGACGUCUUUGUGCACAUGCACGACACCACCAGUGCCACCUCGGAGGAGAUGCUGGAGCAGAUCCACCGCUACAACUACGUGACCCCGUCCUCCUACCUCGACCUGGUGCGCGGCUUCCGCAAGCUGCUGACGCAGCGGCGGGAGGACGUCCUUGAGCAGCGCGACAAGCUGAAAAACGGUAUGUCAAAGCUAGAGGAGACGAAGCUCGCUGUGGGGAAGAUGACGGAGGAGCUAAAGGUGCAGGACGCCAAGCUGCAGGAGAAAACGGAGGAGGUGAACCGGGCGACAGAGAGCAUUCAAAUUCAGCAGCAGAACGCCGAGGAGCAGCAGAGUUUGCUGGCGUCAGAGAAGGUGAAGAUUGAGCAGACGAAGCGGUCCGCGUUGGCGGAUCAGGCGGAGGCGCAGGCAGACUUGGAUCGGGCGAUGCCGACCCUCCUCGAGGCCCAGGCGGCGCUGGAUAAGCUUGACAAGAACGACAUCAACGAAAUUAAGUCCUAUAAGACACCCGCGGUGAUGAUUCGGACGGUGAUGGAGGCGGUGCAGACGACCUUGCGGCGCAAACUCGACUGGGAUGAGGCGAAGAAGUCUCUCGGGGAGGCUAAAUUCAUUGACAUGCUUAAACACUACCACGAGAACAACGACAUGACGGAUCAGCGGCUGCUGGACAAGAUUGAGAAGUACGUGAAACGCCCCGACUUCACCCCGGCGGCGGCAAGCGCGGUGUCGAAGGCCGCGGGUGGGCUUUGCCAGUGGGUGAUCGCCAUCCACAAGUACGGCAACAUCUACAAGGAGGUCCACCCGAAAAUACUGAAGAACGAAAACGCCCAACAGAAGGUUCGGGCGCAGGAGGAGAUGCUGCGGCAGAAGGAAGAGAAGCUGCAGCGCAUCGUGGAUGAGGUGAAGAAGCUCGAGAUUGCCCUGCAGUUGAACAUUGAUGAAAAGACGCGCCUCAUGGCGGAGGCAAAGGAGACGCAGAUGAAGCUUAACCGCGCCCGCAUCAUCGUCGACGGCCUUGAAGGCGAGCGGGACCGCUGGACCGAGUCGAUCGCCCGCUACGAGGCGGCGCUGGGAAACCUCACCGGCGACACCCUCCUCACCUGCGGCUUCCUCUGCUACUCGGGCGCCUUCACCGCGGAGUACCGGCUGAAGCUGUGGCACAGCUGGAUCAAGGAGAUUAAGCGGCUGCAGAUCCCCAUGACGAAGGGCUUUGACUUCGUCGACUUCCUCGCCGACCCCACGGAGGUGCGUGACUGGCAGCAGGCGGGGCUCCCGGGCGACGACUUUAGUCGAGAAAACGGUGCCGUGGUGAUGCGGGCCACUCGGUGGCCGCUCAUGAUUGACCCGCAGCAGCAGGCGAUCAAGUGGAUCAAGCGCAUGGAGAAGGACUGCGGGCUGAAGGUGAUUGACCAAAAACAGUCCGACUUCCAGAAGACGGUGGAGUACGCGGUGCACUUUGGCUGCCCACUGCUGCUGCAGGACGUCAUGGAGGACAUCGACCCUGUGCUGGACUCCGUCCUUGCCAAGGCGUUUGUGCGGCGCGGAACCAAGACGAUGCUGAAGAUUGGUGACAACUUUGUGGAGUACAACGAGAACUUCAAGCUCUACAUCACGACCCGGCUCUCGAACCCGCACUACACGCCGGAGACGUGCACGAAGGUCUGCCUGCUAAACUUUGCGGUGCGGGAGUCGGGGCUGGAGGAGCAGCUGCUGAAGAUCGUCGUGGAGAAGGAGAAGCCGGAGCUGGAGCGCGAGAACGAGCAGCUCAUCCUCGACACGGCGGCGGCGAAGAAGGAGACGAAGCGUCUCGAGGACGAGAUCCUAGACCUCCUCUCCACCUCGCAGGUCUCACUGCUGGAGAACCAGAAGCUUGUCGACACGCUGCAGUCCUCUAAGGUGAUUGCCGCAAAUAUUAAGCAACAAUUGAAGGAGGCGGAGGUGACGGCGGAGAAGAUCCAAAGCGCACGUGAGCAGUACCGUGAGUGCGCCCGCCGGGCCUCCAUCCUGUACUUUGUGCUGGCGGACCUUGGCUCCAUUGACGCCAUGUACCAAUUUGCCUUGGACUCCUACAUCAUUCUCUUCCAGGGCAGCAUCAAGCGCUCGGCGGAGAAAAUCUCCACCCACACGUUGGAGGAACGUGUCAUGACGCUCAACGACUGGCACACCAACGCCGUGUACGCAAGCACCUGUCGUGGCCUCUUUGAGAAGCACAAGUUGCUCUUUGCGUUUCACAUGACGAUGCGCAUUCUACAGGCGGAGGCCCGCGUGAACCUGGAGGAGUACGUCUUUCUCAUGCGUGGUGGGCAGGUGCUGGACAACCAGGGCCGCCUGCCAAACCCCGCCCCAGCGUGGCUCUCCGAGCGGGCAUGGAGCCACAUCCUCGAGCUGGACAAACUGACGAACUUCCACGGCGUCGCCACCUCCUUCGAACAGGCGCAUGAGUCCUGGCGUGACUGGUUCCUGCAGGAAAACCCCGAGGACGCGGACCUGCCCGACGAGUGGAAGUCCCGUACGGCGGAUAACUACAUCCAGCGCAUGAUCUUUGUGCGUUGCCUCCGCCCCGACCGCGUCGUAUUCAUGGUGUACGAGUUCAUUGAGAAGCAGCUGGGCGCCCAGUUUGUGGACCCCCCGCCAUUCAACCUGAAGGACACCUUUGACGAGAGCACCAACGUCGUGCCACUUGUGUUUGUGCUCUCGCCGGGAGUAGAUCCGACGACCCAGCUAGCCUCGCUCGCCCAGCGGGAGGGCCGACACCUGAAGACGCUGGCGCUUGGUCAAGGCCAGGGGGAGAACGCCAAGCGGGCGAUUCAGGAGUGCGCGCAGAACGGCGGGUGGGUUUUCCUGGCGAACUGUCACUUGAUGGUCUCGUGGCUGGUGGAGUUGGAGAAGAUCAUCGACGACCUCUCGGAGCAGCGGCCGCAUGACGCGUUUCGCCUGUGGCUCAGCUCCGUGCCGACGCCCCAGUUUCCGAUUGGGAUCCUGCAGCGGGCAAUUAAGAUGACGACGGAGCCUCCAACGGGUAUUAAGUCCAACAUGCUGCGCCUCUACAACCAGUUCUCGGAGGAGCAGUUUGUGGAGCACUCCGGCGUGCACCCAAACUUCUACCGUAGUCUUCUCUUCGCGCUCUGCUUCUUUCACUCCGUGCUGCUCGAGCGGCGCAAGUUUGGGAACCUCGGCUACAACGUGGUGUACGACUUCACCUCCUCCGACUUUGAGGUUUCGGAGAACAUCAUCUCGCUGUACGUCAACUCGAUGCCCUCGGACCGCGUGGAGGACAUCCCCUUUGUCACGAUCCGCUACCUCAUCGCGGAGGCCUCCUACGGCGGCCGCGUCACCGACGACUGGGACCGGCGCGUGCUCAACACCUACAUCACGCAGUUCAUGUGUGAGUCGAUUAUAACGGAGGAGCGCUACCCGCUUUCCUCAGCCGCGGAGUACUACAUUCCUGCCGAGGCCACGAACCUGCAGUCGUACAAGGAUGAGUGCAUGCAGCUGCCCAUCACAGAUCCCCCAGAGGCAUUUGGGCAGCACGCAAACGCCGACAUUUCAAGUCGUGUGGCGGAGUCGACGAUGUUGCUAGAGAACCUUAUCAGCGUAAAUACGACACUGGCGCGCUCCGGUGGCGCAAGCGCAAACUCGGCGAAGGCGGUUUCAGACGAAUCCCGCUGUCUCAAAAUUCUUGCCUCGUUGGACGAGCCGAGCAAGGCUGCCAUCCCGAACCUCAUUGACUAUGACGCGGUGUAUGAGGCUGUCAAGGAGGACUCCCACAACGCCCUUAACACGUGCUUGCUGCAGGAGAUUCAGCGGUACAACGUGCUGUUGCGCAAGAUUCACGCCCAGAAGAUUGAGCUUCGCCGUGCGGUGAAGGGUGAGGUGGUGAUGAGUGACGAACUCGAAACGGUGUUCGACGCGCUCCUGCUCGGCCGUGUCCCGCCACCGUGGACGAGCGCAUACCCGAGCGUGAAGCCGCUUGCGAGUUGGUCGGUGGACCUCGUCGACCGCGUAGAUCAGAUGAAGCAGUGGGGGCAGCGCGUGCCAAACGUCUUCUGGCUCUCCGGCUUCACGUACCCGACGGGCUUCCUGAAGAGUCUGCAGCAGCAGCAGGCGCGGCACGACCACAUCUCCAUUGACCAGUACACCUGGGAGUUUAUCGUCCACCCGAGCGAUGAGCGCACCGUCGUGCACCGCGCCAGGAAGGGGGCGUACGUUAGGGGCAUCUUUCUCGAGGGGGCCGGGUGGAACGCGGAGACGAACACGCUCUGCGAGCCCCGCCCGCUUGAGCUCGUCGUGCCGAUGCCUAUCAUCCACUUUAAGCCGAAGCUGCGGGACAGCAAGCCCCGCUCCCCGUCGAUAUACGAGUGCCCGCUGUACAUGUACCCGGUCCGCACCGGCACGCGCGAGCGGCCGUCGUUUGUUGUGGCCGUUGACCUCCCCUCCGGCGAGGCGGUGCCCGACCACUACACGAAGCGCGGCACGGCGUUGCUGCUCUCCACGGACGAGUAG